AAUGUUGUUUUAAAAAUAGAAAUCUUUUUCCGGGAAUUUUCUGGAAAUUAAUUUGAUAGCAUCAACACUUUGCUUCAAUCUAGCUCGGUGUCUUAUGAUCUAGAUAUUAUAUAUCUACUCUAGAUUUAGAUCCAGAUCUAUUUCACUCCUAAGUUUAAUCGAGACCUAUCUAGAUAUCUUUUGUAUAGAUCUAACAUAUUUACAUAUUCUACUUUCACAUUAUGCCUCAUCAAAAAUUAGACGAGCUGAGAUUAGACCUGGAAGAAUAUGAGCAGCUACAUAGUAAUGCCAAGAGGCCCAGAGUUCAGGAGAUGAUAUUGAAAGAAAUCUCAAGAGUGCGCCAUGAAAUAACACAGCUGGAAACCACAGCUGCAUCACAAACUGCUCCACCCAGUGCUACUCCAACAGUUUAUGAAGAGAACAUUACCAACUAUGCAUGGGAUCAGUCUGACAAGUUCAUGAAGAUGUAUUUAACAUUGUCAAAUUUAGAUCAAAUCACACAGGAUAGUAUUCAGGCAACAUUCACCAGCAGGUCAGUUACAAUAAAAAUUCAGUUCCCUAACAAGGUCAGCACAUUACACAUAGCACGGCUGUGUGAAGAUGUUGUACCCAAAGAAUGUUAUUGCAAGAAAAAAUCAGACUAUGUUCUUGUAAUGUUAAAGAAAUCUGAUGUUGGUAAAACAUGGUCCUACCUUACAGAGAGGGAGAAAAAGAGUAAAGAAUUAAAGAAGCCAAAACUUGAUGAGCAGGAAGACCCAGGAGACAGUCUGACCAAACUACUGAAGAACAUGUAUGAUGACGGGGAUGAUGAGAUGAAGAGAACAAUAUCUAAAGCUUUUUAUGAGUCUCAGAAGAAACAAGGUCUAGGAGAUUUCCCAUCCAAUUUUUGAGAACACAUGUAAUUAUGCUGUAAGGACUGAUGUUGAUGUCAUUGAUUGUUAUAAUAGGUUUUGUUGUCAUGGGACUUUGUUUUACUUCAUUCAUUCAUCUACUGUGUCUAUGACACUUUCAUUUAUCUAACAAUUCUGCAUUUAAUAAUGAUUUUUAGAUAUAAUGUUUUUAUUAGGAGAUAAUGUCUUGUGAUGAAGGACCUUACAAAAGUAUUUUGAAGUUGGAAAACACAUUAUUGAAUUAUUUAAAGCUAUUCGAAGGUCUUCAUUAUAAUACCCUUUGUUAAAGAUACAUGUGUAAUAUAAUUAUAAUCUACAUUUUUUUCUUUUCUAGGUGAACUCAUUAUUCACUCCACUUUUUCUUUGGACAUUUAUGUUAAUUAAGCGUGAAGAAAUUACUUUUAUUUACUUUGUAGAUCUUUUUGUAAAUAAAUAGGGUGAUAUGUUCUUUCAUUUCAGCAAGUUUAUACAUCAUACCUUUACAUCAGAACCUAUUUUGUUUUCAAUAAGUGAAAUUUAGUGUGUGAGUGUUAUUACAAUCUGGUGAAAAUAAAAAAAUGAAAUUCUGACUGUAUUGUUCUUUCUUUAUUUGAAAGGCUUUGUCAAAUAUUUCAACUAUUUAAUACUAGCAAUUAACUGCAGGAAUUGAAAUAGUUGCCAUGUGUUUAAGACUGUAUGAUUGUUGCAUCAUUUGUAUUUUUUCAUUAAAAAAAAAACAUGUAUGGUCAUGGCCACAACUCCAGAA